UUACUGUAUUCACUCUCAAUAAACUCUGCUUUAUUGAUGUAUACAUACCACAGUGAUUUCAGUGACUGCGAUCGGUGUUUUCACUUCUUUUGCAGUUAAUUAUUUUAUUUAUAAUUUUUAGUUCGAAUUAUUUAGGAAAAUGGCGUUAAGAGCAUUAGGAAAUAAAUCUCACGCAUUAAUUAGUUCAAUUGGCUUACGGAACUCCUUGAUCACCAAAGUAGAGCGCAACAUGAGUAAUAAUAAUUUGCAUCAACACGAAGGCGUUUCAUUUCAUACUUUAAAUGUGACUACUCCUAAGCAGUUUGUCUACCAUGUAGAGUUGAAUCGUCCAAAAAAACUAAACACAUUUAAUAAGGAUAUGUGGAUUGAAGUUAAACAAUGCUUCGAACAUCUUAGCACAAAUCCCGAAUGCCGGGUCAUUGUUUUAUCUGCAGCCGGAAAGCACUUCUCUGGCGGACUUGAUUUAACUGAUGCAAUGAAACUAGGACAAGAUUUAGGUGCACAAGAUGACGUGGCUAGGAAAGGAGCUUUCUUGGAGCAUACUAUCAAACUCUAUCAAGAUUCAAUGUCUUCUUUGGAAGUAUGCGCAAAGCCUGUUAUAGCAGCCAUGCACUCGGGCUGUAUAGGCGCUGGUGUUAACCUAAUAACUGCUGCUGAUAUUCGUUAUUGCAGUGAAGAUGCAUUUUUUUCGGUUAAAGAGGUCGACAUAGGCAUGGCUGCAGAUGUAGGUGUAUUACAACGUCUACCGAAAAUUGUGGGUAACGUAUCGUUAGCCAGGGAACUUUGCUAUACUGCACGACGCUUUGGUGCUGCUGAGGCACACAAUUUAGGUUUGGUAAGCAAAGUUUUUCCAACAAAAGAAGCUUGUGUGGAAGGCGCGUUGGAAUUGGCAGAAACCAUCGCUGAGAAGAGUCCCAUUGCAGUGCAAGCCACAAAAGCAAAUUUAAUUUAUUCGCAAUCUAGAACGAAUCAAGAGGGGUUGGAUCAUAUUCGUCAAAUUAAUAAACUGAAUUUGCAAUCUGAAGAUUUCGCUAAUGCAGCGGUAGCUGCCUUAACCAAGGAAAAACCAAAAUUUUCUAAAUUGUAAAUACUUAUGAGUAAACACUUUUUAAUAUAAGAAAAAAAUAUUUUAAAUAAAAUUUCAUA